AUGCCUAAUAAGACAACCAACUAUCAACGUGCUGCCAGCGCUAUCCAGAACAGAGUGUUCCAGCGCCGUCGUCUACCGAAUCGCCAAAAAUUCCUCGAGGACCAGAAGGCUCAAGGUGAAAGCCGAGCCCUAGAAAAGUUCCAGACUCGUGAGUGGAAGGCCGGUGACAUCUAUGCUCCUCACGACCUCAGCCCGGCGGAGAUGAGGAAGUGGAGGAAGCGCCAGGGCCCGGCAGCAGAUGCUUUCGAUUCUUUGAACAUGAAUCCCCUUGAUCUUUACAGAAACUUCUCGAUCAUGUCCGAAUACAUCACCCCUAUGGGGCGCAUAAAGCACAGAAACGUCACGGGUCUACGACCAGUAAACCAGCGGAAGAUCGCAAAGGCCAUCCGAAGGGCCAUUGGUAUGGGUCUCAUGCCCAGUGUCCACAGACAUCCGGAGAUCCUGGCAGCGGAGGCCAAGGCGAGAAUGGAGGGAACACCGGUCUUUUAG